AUGAAAACAUUGUUCUUUAUCCUGCCCUGCUAACAAGUUGGGCAUAUUCUGCGCACCUCUUAUAUGUAACUUUUGACACCCAUUAACGAAUCGAAAUGGCCGCCGCCGGAGCACAAUAUGCCUUACAGACAGGCUUGACCUUUGGUAUGUCAGCAACAGAGGGCAUACACUCACCUCACCCCAAGCCAGUGGACCCAAAGUACAGCGAAGAUGAGUACGUAUUGCCGGCAUCCGUCACCCCGGAUGCCAAUGCCCGUAUAGCACUGCGCGGGAAAAAUCAGGAUGUCCUCGUUCCUUAUAUUUGUAUCGGGGCUUGGUCCUGGGGAGAUAAGGCUACCUGGAAGUACAACGCCGUCAAUGACCUCCCCCGCAUUAUGGAAGCCUGGGAAAAGCUGCAAGGCGCCGGGUUGACCUUUGUUGACACGGACCAAGCGUACGGAGACGGUGAGAGCGAGCGUAUCUGCGGUCAGCUAUUCAAGAAGAUGCCGCGGGAAAACUUUGUGAUCCAGACCAAAUGGAAGGCCUGGGGCAAUUUGACGAGUACGCUACUUCAAUCCCGCGGGCCACACCACGAUCUCCAAUCGUCAUUGAAUAAUCUCGGACUUGACCAUGUGGACAUCUACAUGGUCGAUGGACCCAUCCAUCUCAAUAUGAUCUCGACAGUGGCCAAAGGACUCGCUGAGUGCGUGAACACCGGCAAGGCCAAGGUAGUCGGAGUCGCCAACUACAGCAAAGAAGAGAUGAUAAAAAUGGCCGAUGAACUCGCAUCUCACGGCGUCCCCCUUGCCGUGAACCAAUGCGAGUACUCCGUCAUCAGACGGCACCCGGAGACAUCAGGAUUAAUCCGCGAAUGCCAUAGUCGCGGAAUCGUUUUCCAGGGCUACGCCGCUCUGGCUGAAGGCCGCCUAACGGGCAAGUACUCGCGGUUCAACGAGCCUCCACGCACGUAUCGUUUCAGCAGCUAUCCCAUGCAUAUGCUCGAUCCGACCCUUAACGUCCUGCAGCGGAUCUCCGAGGAUAGACAGGUUCCAAUGGCUGCUGUGGCGCUGAACUUCAACAUCAACAAGGGAGUUUUGCCGGUGGCUGGGGUUCGUAGCGCCGCGCAGGCUGUGCAGAAUAUGCAGGCACUGGGAUGGCGAUUAACUCCUGACGAGAUGCGGGAGAUUGAGAAGGUUAGCCUUGAGGGAGCUACAACUGUCAUAUCCAACAAACCCUCCGCCAUCGGGGUUGGCGCAUCGCUUCCCCAGCCUACCGUCUCUCUCCGCGAGAAUAAGAUCGAAGCCACCUUGCCAACCGGCGAAUCCGUCACGGUUCACCUGUUUGGUGCCACAGUGACAUCCUGGAAACUUGCCAAUGGUCAGGAGCAAUUGUUCGUGAGCGAAAAGGCUCAUCUGGAUGGUUCAAAGCCUAUCCGCGGUGGAAUUCCAGUUGUCUUCCCUGUCUUUGGCACCUCGCAGAACCACGCUACAUCCUCAUUGCCCCAGCACGGCUUCGCCCGGAAUUCGAACUGGGAGUUUCUCGGCAAAUCCUCUUCGGAAUCCCUGGGGAAGAACCGGAAAGAGGGUGAUGACUCCGUUAAGCUCGACUUUGGACUUUCGCAUACGUUGCUGAGCGAGGAAUUCCGCAAAGCGUGGUCACACGAGUUUGCGCUCGUGUACAGCGUCACACUGGGCAAGGAGGGAUUGAGAACGUCGCUGCAAGUGCAGAACAACGGUAGCGAGAACUUUGAGUUCCAGGUCUUGAUGCAUACCUAUCUGAGCAUUGAGGACAUCUCCAAGAUCCGCGUCAACAACCUCGAAUCCAAGACCUACGUCGACAAGGUCCAGAACGCAACCACCCACACCGAAAGCCACCCCGCUCUACCUAUCACCGGCGAAACAGACCGUAUCUACCAGGCCCUGGAUCCCACAGUCCCGAUCAUCGUCUCGUCUACAGAUGGUAACAAGCCGCUCUUCUCCAUUACCCGCGAGGCCUUGAACGAUGUCGUGGUCUGGAACCCUUGGAUCGAAAAGACCAAGGCGAUUUCUGAUCUCGGCCCCGACGAGGUGUACCAGAAGAUGAUUUGCGUUGAGGCUGGUUCUGUCGCGGGAUGGCAGGCGCUAGAGGCUGGUGACUCCUGGGAGGGUGGACAGUUGAUUCGGGCUGGACUGUGAUGGUCAACUGUCGAUGCUUAUGCUUAUGAUAAUGAUGUCUCUGAUGACUACUGGG